GCGGGAUGUUGGGAUGAUAAGAGAGCGUUAAGGCUUCCAGAUGUCUGAGAAGCUUCCCCAGCCUAGACUGUAUUUGGAUGCCGCGGGUCCGAAUGCACCACACCUGGUCUCCACCGCCCACUGCCUGCGCUUCCCUGAAUACUCACCCACGAAUACUUCUUCUGCAAAGACUCCAGUAAUAGUUCUAUCACGCGAUGUACUGAAGUCGCCACGAGGCCCUGCUCGAUGUCGUCGUCCAAAGCCCGGGGACUCCCUCAACUGAGCUCGGGCGAAGUCACACUGCUGGACCUGGCAGCUGACGAUCCCAGAGACACUGUAUCGUUUUCGGACAAAGAAGCCUUGAUCGUUCAGCUAUAUCAGCAAAUCCAGGAGCAAGAACUCGAGAAGGCCCUUUUAGAACAAGAAUUGGAACCACUCUCCACAAACAAUGCAGAGGAACUUGUUACAGCAGAACGCGAACUGCUCGACGCGAGAGCUACCUACACCGUUAGGAAAAAAGCGGUCAACACCGUGCUUAUAACAGACCCUAUCCUCAAAGCUGUUCAUUUAAAAGGAGCAACCCCCGCUGAGCGGGCGCUUCUUCGUCUCAUCAACCGCCGGGACAUAUUGUCCUUGGCACAGGAGAAUUUAACGGAGGCACAGGUCGCGGCUUUGAAGAAGCUCUCAACCGUCGAGGUAGAGAACUUGCAGCUCCACGAGAAGAACCAAGAGUUGGCUCGGGAGCUGCUAGAGCUUACAAAGGAUGACGAUUCCUGGAGAGAGCAGCUCGAUGAUCCCGAGCUGAAACAACAAUUGGCUGAACUCGAAACAGACUACAAGAAGAGCAAAGCCAGAUGGGAAACUAUGAAGAACGUUGCAAGCGCGAUUAUUGUAAGCAGCGGAGUGAAUUGGGCAGAAGACGAGGAUCUCACGGCUCUUGUUCUCGAUGAAUCCAAUGAUUGAUGGGUUGGGUAUUACUGUGAUGCUACGAAAUAGUGCCCCAGGUAGAACCUUUGGACAGGAUUUCUGGUGUUUAUAUAGAUAGGCGUUUAUUUACGGCGGGAUAAGAUACCCUUGAUUAAUGUCAUGCCAUGUUCGAGUUAUAGUUGAAAUGGUAGCUCAUAUUGUGCAAGCUACAUGCAAUUGAUCCGCCGCUAGGUGAGAUAGAAAUAAGAGAAAAG